AUGAUCUUCUCAGACAUUUACAAGUCCCCACGCUCGCCUCUCGCCAAGUUCAGGCACUCCAUGUCCCAGCAGCCCUUGACGCUGGACUUGCCUGACUAUGAUCCAGACCUCCUGAGCAAGGAUAAGGUCAAGCAGAAGGAGGCAGUUAAGAAGUACCUUGCCUCCAAGAUCCGCAACGACUGGGAGUUUGUCUGGCCACCAGUCAUCCCACCUCAAAAACAGAACGGCGAUGGUGAGGCUGCACCAAAACCGACGCCAGCGCCAGCAACCGAGGCUGAUGCGCCCGUACAAGCACCCGUAGAACAGACUCAAGACACCGCCGAGCCCAAGCCCGAAGCGACGCAGACGGCGACGAAUGACGACGAUGUGGCAGUCGAAAGCAUGGACAGCAGUGACGACGACGACGAGGAAGGGGGUUUCUCAGACAGCGAUGCAGAGUCCGUCUACAGCACAGUCUCAGAAGACCCGGCACGCUUCAAGCCUCGCCUGGAAUGGGUGUCUGACCUCUCCGACGAGGAACCCGUCCCACUGUCUCUCUCCCCGUUCCGCUUCGACAGCCCCGAUGCGAUCGGCGCCGCGGUGAAAGCCUCCGUCGCCGAGAAGCGUGCGGCGCGGAGGCGGGCACUGCGCGAAGAAAUGCAGUGGAAUGAAGGGCUGGCCUGCUUCGAGGCGAGGCGCAAUGCCUGGACAGGCGCACGUACGGUGCGCGUUCGCGCCAAACCCGUUUCUCCCACGCAGACAUUCUCGCCGCUGUCGCCCCGCCGCCUCUUCUUCCGCUCCUCAAUGUCCCAGCCUUCGCCAGCAUCUUUCGGUGCGUCUCCAUCGUCGCCGCCUCAUUCUCUGCAGCAGCGGCCGAGCAACGAUGCUUCGGCCGUUGUGUCGGAUGGCUCCGAGCUCACCAAAGAGCUCACUGCGUCAAAGUCUAAGGAGUCCGCACGGUCAGCGGCAUUGGCCGCGGCUGUGACGUACCCCGUCGAGACCCUGAUUCCUCUACCCGCGCCCCUGCUUCCUCCCGGAAACCCAAUGCGUGCAUCCAUCACUCCUUCGGUGUACAUCUCAUUGUACGAGAAGGUGAUUGUACACGCCCUGACGCCCUCAUGCCCUGUCAACUUGUCAGACAUGAUUAGAGCCUGUGUCGUAGGGUGGAAGCGAGACGGUGAGUGGCCUCCGAAGCCGGCUGCCGACGUUGGCAUCGUCGCUGUGCGGCGGAGGAAGAAGUCCGCCACAGAGGGUGCAGGGCAGAACGCCGUUCGUAGAAUGAGCUUCGGCUUCCUGGGCAGGGCAGAAAAGACAGAGGGCCAUGACGAGGCUGGAACCGGCAAGGGCAUUAGAAGAAGCCUGCAACGGGUCCUCGGUCUGGGGCAGCACCAUCCCGCCACAGGAGCGGGUAAUGGGAACGGGGCGGCAAACGGAAAAGAAGCGACCGCUGCAUAG